AUGGUUGAGUUGACUGAUUUCCUUUUAAGAGCAGCGUUUCUCUUCGUUUGUUAUGCUAGAAAGAUAGAAUUUGAUUUUCAGCGAGUCGAGCAAGUUGGUGGACACGAUUUUAUCGAUUGUCAGAUACGCAUCAGAAAAUACAAUCGAACUGCCCCUGUCAUAACUGGCCCCACCGAAUUUUUCGAAGACUUAGACAAUAGUUAUACGAUCGAAAUGUUGACCGCGUACAGCCCACUAGGAAACAACCAGUUCAACGAGUACCCCAUGAAUUUGAAAAGGCAGAAUAUGUGCGACUUCCUGAAGACAACCUACCGAGAGUAUCAGCAUAAUUUCAAGGAGCCAGGAUCGAACUGGACCCAAGUCGGUCCAGAAGGUUUAUGUCCCUGGCCCAAGGGCAUCUACAGCUUCAACGAUUUGCUUCCGUCGGAUGCCAGUGCUGUUCCGCCGGUCAUUCCUACGGGUUUGUGGAGGGCUACUAUCCUGUAUCAAGGACCAAACGAUCGCAAGGCUGAAAUUCGGUUUUUCGUGAAAAUUUGGUAUUCGUGA